UUUGUGUCCCAGCUCCUCCCUCACUUCAACAUGGGCCUCCCUCUGUUUCUCCGCUAACAAGUGUCUCUUCUCAGCUCAGCUGUCUCACAGUUUCAUCAAACACCCACCGAGAGGAGCGUCGCUUUGCCUUGUUACAGAAUGCCUUUAGGGGGAGGAAAUAAGUGUGGCUGCUGCCAGAAAGCUGUCUACUUUGCUGAGGAAGUGCAGUGUGAGGGAAAGAGCUGGCAUAAAUCCUGUUUUCUGUGCAUGGUGUGUAAGAAAAACUUGGACAGCACAACUGUGGCUGUUCAUGUGGAUGAGAUCUACUGCAAAUCCUGCUAUGGCAAGAAAUAUGGGCCAAAAGGCUAUGGCUACGGAGGUGGAGCUGGUACGCUGAGUAUGGAUACGGGAGAGGGUCUUGGAAUCAAGCCUGAAGUACAAACUCCUCAUCGCCCAACAAAUAACCCCAACGCCUCCAAGUUUGCCCAGAAAGCAGGAGGGUCAGACGUGUGUCCACGCUGUGGGAAAACAGUGUAUGCAGCAGAGAAGGUUAUUGGGGGAGGCAAUUCAUGGCAUAAGAGCUGUUUUCGUUGUGCCAAAUGUGGAAAAGGACUCGAGUCCACAACCCUUGCUGAUAGAGAUGGGGAGAUCUACUGUAAAGGUUGCUAUGCAAAGAACUUUGGUCCAAAGGGUUUUGGCUUUGGUCAGGGUGCAGGCGCUCUUGCUCAUUCCCAGUGAAGCCUGAAGCCUUAGCUCACCUGGGACUGACAUCUGGUGGGCUCUGAUAUCACAGCUUCUGGGAUCUCUCAGUCAACAUGUAGCUUAUUUCACUCUGCCCUUUCACUUUAGCUACAGGCAAUGAAAAAUGAAAGAAGCACACAUCAGCAGCUCUUUGAAAAUAUUCAGCAAGCAGAGUCUGCUCCUUACUUGAUGUUGCAUUAGACUCCAGUGUAUACAACCCCAAGUCCAAAAAAGUUGGGAUGUGUAUGUGUUCUAAAUAAAGACAGAAAGCAGUGAUUUGCAAAUCUCAUAAAUCUAUAUUUUAUUCAUAACGGAACACAGAAAAGGCAUCACAUGCUUAAAAUGAGGUAUUUUACUAUUUCAUUAACAUUUUAGGUCAUUUUGAAUUUGGGAUGACGACAGCAAAAGAAGUGCAAAUGUACUAAAAUACUAAAAACAAAAAGCAGUAGGAACAGAGAUUCAACAAUCUGGAAACCACUGCAUCCACAAAUUGAUGAUCAGUAUUCUGAAAUUUUACCAGAAAGUAAAAUCCUGAAUAUACCAUAAUCAAAAGAUUUAGAGAAUCUGAAGAAAUCUGUGUCCAAGGGACAAAAAUGAAAAUCAGUAUGGGAAUCAUGUGAUCAUCAGUAACCUCAACGGGACGACAUUAAAAACAUAACGGUCAUGGAUAUCACCUGCAUGGACUCAGGAACACUUCUAGAAACCAUCGUCUCACAACACAGUUCACUGUGUCAUCCAUAAAUGCAAGUUUAACCUCUAUUAUCCAAAGAAGUGCCAUUAGAAUUUCCCAAUUCUGGGACUAAUAAAAGCCAUCUUAAUUUGUCCCAAAACUCCUUAAAAAAAAAAUCAAAUUAGUUAUUUCUUUGGUCAAAUGAUUAAAAGUUUUAAAAUUCCUAUGCGUACUGCAUCCUGUGGACUAAAUAAUGGACCAUCUGACUUGUUAUUAGUGCUCCAUUUUAAAGCCUGCAUCUCUGAUAGUAUGGGGACACAUCAUUAGCAGUGAAAUUGGCAGCUUGCACAUCUGGAAAGACACCAUCGAUGCUGGAAGACAAAUACAGAAUUUACAGAAACAAUUUCCAGACUUUUACGGACUGUUAAAGGAAGACGAGUUGGUACACAGUGGUAAACAGCCCUGUCUUUGCUGUCAAAUUCAAAAUGACCAUAUUUUAGUUUAAAAUGGAAAACAUUUUCUCAAUUUAAACAUUUGCUAUGUUUUUUAUAUUCUGUUGUGAAUAAAAUGUGAGUUCGAGAUUUGCAAAUCAUUGCAUUCUAUUUACUUGAUUACAUUUGCUACAUUGGCAUAAGUGUAGCAAACACUUCUACAAAUGUUACACUGACAUCUAAUUCUACUUUAGUAGAAACAUAAAGUGUGCACUCACUGAGUAGUUAACAAUUUGGCUUAAACAGUACUAGGACACGUACACAAAAGCAACUUGGCUUAUCGAGUGCUAAAUUUAAAUAACAUCUAAAAACAAUAGACAACAAGAACAAAAGAAGAAAUACACUUAUACACAGACAACUGUGAGAAAACAGUCUUAAAUCACGCCUCAGUUACAUUGGUGCUGAAGCUUUUCUUACUGCUAAGUGUUAUAAAUAAUAUCUUAAGAAAUGCAUUUUUUGCUCUAACACAAAAUAAACAUAAUGGCAAAAGCAAA